CCGGGCCCGCAGCCCUCGCCAUGCCGCGCUCACGCGUGGGAGACCCUCCUGCGGGGCGCCGCCCGGAAACCCCCAGAUCCACCCCCCGCGGGGAAAUCCGCCCGUUCUUUCUGCCCUUCCUCUACAGGCUUUGCGCCUUCCCAGGGAGAUUUUUCCCAAAAUUCAGACCUCAACCCACCCAGCACCCACCUCCAACAAUUGGGAGCGUUUCACGAAACGCCGUGCUCAUGGCUCUGAUUGUGUAACCUGAAAACGCUCUUGUUUUUCUCAUCUGUACAGUGGGUUUUGAUUCCCACCAUGGCUAUCACACAGUUUCGAUUAUUUAAAGUUUGUACCUGCCUAGCAACAGUAUUCUCCUUCCUAAAGAGAUUAAUAUGCAGAUCUGGCAGAGGACGAAAAUUAAGUGGAGAUCAAAUAACUUUGCCAACUACAGUUGAUUAUUCAUCAGUUCCUAAACAGACAGAUGUUGAAGAGUGGACUUCCUGGGAUGAAGACGCACCCACAAGUGUAAAGAUUGAAGGAGGGAAUGGGAAUGUGGCAACACAACAAAACGCUUUGGGGCAGUUGGAACCUGACUAUUUUAAGGACAUGACACCAACUAUAAGGAAAACUCAGAAAAUCAUUAUUAAGAAGAGAGAACCAUUAAAUUUUGGCAUCCCCGAUGGUAGCACAGGUUUCUCUAGUAGAUUAGCAGCUGCACAAGAUAUGCCUUUUAUUCAUCAAUCUCCUGAAUUAGGUGACUUAGAUGCCUGGCAGGAAAAUACCAAUGCAUGGGAGGAAGAAGAAGAUGCAGCCUGGCAAGCAGAAGAAGUUCUGAGGCAGCAGAAGAUAGCAGACAGAGAAAAGAGAGCAGCAGAACAACAAAGGAAGAAAAUGGAAAAGGAAGCACAGCGGCUAAUGAAGAAGGAACAAAACAAAAUUGGUGUGAAACUUUCAUAACAAAUGUUCUUCAAAUAUCAUAGUGCCAGUAGGAGAAUAUACGUUCCACAACCCAAGCAACAUUUAUAUGAACUUAAGAGUAUUUUUGAGAUUACAGAAACACUGCUUGAUUUCAAUGCAUUCAUCAGAUCAUCCAGGACACCAGAAAUCUCUCAAAGUACCUUGAAUUCUCAAUGAUUGAAACUCCAAACAAAAAAAAGACAUAGGAGACAAGAUUUUCUUCAACAAGCUCCAAGUGUAGGACAAUUGUUUGCUGCAGAGAAAUUAUUACAAGUGGAAUAUACCAGUACCUCUUCAAGCUAAUGUUUCUAGCUCAGUAAAUGGGUGUAAAUAAUUUUAUGAUGGGAAAGAACUCUGCUGUCAAUAAUGCUUUCCUUCAGUGUGCAUAAUGAUAAAAUAAAUAAUUUUAAAGAUUCUUCUGUUUCUAUGGUUAUCUGACCUAAAUCAGACAGACUGCAGAGCUUGAACUUUUUAAUUUUUGUUGUCAGAAGCUGAUAUUGGCACAUGUUUCCUCUCAUUGGAACUGGUAUUGUUUAUGUUUGAUACAACAUUAAGGAAUUUCAUGAUUUUGGUUUUCAAGAAAAUGACAUUAAAUGCAAUAAUUUUAUUUAUCAUAAAGUUUUUGUACAUCAUUGUUUUACAUGGUAUAAUGUUAUACAUACUUGUAAUUUAUAUUGCAUGUAUAAACAUAUUGAAAGUCAGUUAAAAUGAUAAAUUUUUUUACACUGUUAUAACUUGUGACCUUUAAAAACUAGAAUUAGUAGUUUUUCCCUUUUGUUGUAGAUUUUAAGAUGUAUAGUGUCUUUAAGUAACUUAGUUCCUCCCCUGCAAAAGCCAUUAAUUUAAAAAUGCAGAAAACCUUCAGUUCAACUGGUGGUGUUAGUUAAGGUAAUAUUGAUUCAUUGAAUUAUAAACCAAGAUAGAAAUAGUAAUAUUUUUAUUUUGGGGUAUUGACUGACUCCCAAAAUAGUUUUAAGGAAAUAGAUACAUACUAUAUUCAUAGGGAAAAACAUAGAUUUGAUAGUUUAAAAUCCCAUUAAAUUUUUUUCCAUAAUUAAAAUACUUCUAGCUGAUUUUCUAUGGCUUUAGGAUUUUUAAAGAUUUUUACUUUCUUAAAAGUUAUUGCCCAAAAGUAACAUUCUGUGAGUUUUUAAGAUGUCAUAGAUACUCUAUAAGACAAAUACUGCUGAUAUAUUUGAAUUACAGUGAUAUUUCGUAGUAAAAUCACAAACUAUACAGUGGGAGUUCCCUGAGUCCUUAGCCUAAGCUUCCAGAGGAAAUGUGACUAUGGAAUCAGUUGAAAUUUAACUUUGUAAAAAGCCUCUUAUUACAGUCCCAAGCCACCUUUUCAGUUACCAUGUUAACUAGAGUUUCUGCCACUAAACUCCCAAUUAAAUAGAAUUAGACUCAAAUUUUUAAUAAUAAAUAUUAUCUUCUCUUAUUUGUAUUUAUUUUUAGUUAUGGGAAUGCUACAUGAUUUUUCUAAAUUUGGAGUUCAUAAAGGAUAACCUCUCCAUUAGCACAGUAAAUUUUACUGCUUUUCGCCAUCUAGUUGACAAAUACUUAAAUCUGCUUUGGUCAUGAUUUUCAUGUGUGUCAGAUUCUGGUUUUUGUUCAGCUUUUUUAUUUUUGUUUAUUUAGAAAUAAAGACUGGUUAGAAAUUUCA